GUUGGCAACACUGUUCAUUGUUUACAUGUAUUUCGAAUCCUUCUUUGAAAUAUUCCAGAGACUGGUGAUUAUGCCUCUGUGAUUUUAUUUGUUUAUACAUUGCUUUCGUUUUUAUAGUUACUGAAUGGUAACCGACUAUCAUUAUGGGAAAGCAGAAUAGUUAAAACAAACUGUUGAUAAUGGCUGUCACUACAAAAUUGCUAGAACAAAUUGUCUCCAAAUUUCCUCAGCAAUUCUCUCUGGUUUUUGCUUAUGGCUCCGCUGUUUUUCCUCAAAAUAAAGAACUACUUCGUCAGGGAAAUAUGAUCGAUUUCAUCUUUUCUGUGGACGACCCUGUUAAAUGGCAUCAGCUAAACCUUAAAAUUAACAGCAAGCAUUAUUCUUUGGCUAAAUUUGGAGGCGCUGAAUUCAUUCGAAGUGUUCAAGAGAAUUUUGGAGCAAAUGUAUAUUUCAAUACCAUGGUUGAAGUAGAAAAUAAGUUGAUCAAGUAUGGAGUUGUUAGUACUAACCAUCUGGUAGAAGACUUAUUAGAUUGGCAAACAUUGUAUGUAAGUGGAAGAUUACACAAACCAGUAAAAAUCAUAAGUAAUUCAAACAAUGAAGAUUUAACGAGGGCUUUACAUACUAAUCUGCAGAGUGCUCUUCAUGCUUCCCUUCUUUCUUUGCCAGAAACUUUCUCUGAAGAACAGUUAUACCAUAAAAUCAGUGAACUAUCUUAUAAUGGUGAUUUCAGAAUGUAUUUUGGAGAAGACAAAAGGAAAAUUGAGAACAUAGUGAAAAAUCAGAUUUCAUACUUCCAUCAUUUAUACUGUGAUCAUUUGAAGAUGAUGCCUCUUGUUCACUGGAAUCAGACUCAACAUAUAUUUGAGCAAGAUUGUAGCUCUACUACUACACUGCAUCAUUUAAACUUCUUACCAAAGAGAGUUCAACACAAUUUAUUACUGAGAUGGAACAGAGAUGGUAGAUACAGAGAUAUGGAAGAUGUUCUUCAGGUACUUGCAUGUGCUUCAGAAUGCAGUGAGAUAGUAAAGAAUGCUAUUAAAGACAUUGUCUGGUGGCCUAGUAUAACCCAAUCUGCCAAAGGAAUCAUAACAGCAGGAUUUCUGAAGUCUGUAAAGUACAGCACAAGGAAAGUGCAAAAAAUGCUGAAGUCAUUGAAAAAAUAAACUUGUAAAAUUAAAAUAACUAUUAUUUAUUGUAUAUUUGCUAGAUUUUAUAAAAGCAUCAUAUUUAUUA